AUGGAACUCCAGCUCUACUACUCCACAUCCCUGUUGCUUCUCCUCCUCCUGCUAUCCUCUCCCUCCCAUGGCCUGCGCUCUGCCGACGGUACUAGAGCGCUGCAUUACCAGCUCAAGGAUCCGCAUCCACCAAAGGUCGACGAGGGGGCGGCGACGGCGGUGUCGCUGAUCGGGUCGAGGCCGCCGCGGUGCGACGGCAAGUGCGCGCCGUGCGGUCGGUGCGAGGCGGUGCAGGUGCCGGUGGCGCCGCGAUUCGACAGCCGCGGGGGCGAGGCCGCCGACGAGCCCCGGCGCCGCGGCCGCGACGGGCUGUUGGGCAGCGUCGAGGAGAGCUACACCGACUACAAGCCUCUCAACUGGAGGUGCCGGUGCGCGGACCGGCGAGCCCUGGAUCCGUGA